AUGGCGCCAAAUGCAAGGAGAUGGCUCUCGAGAGAGGGCUUCACGGCUGAUGUACUAGGAGACUUCAUCUCCCGGAGUCUCCUAGACCCCUGGAAAUUACUCCCAAUUAUUGCUCUGGCCCAUUACACAGCCCAAGGCCGUGAUAUUACCAAAUCACGCCCAAAUCUUUACAAGGCCCUCAAAGUCCUAGCAGCCCAAAGUCUUAUCAACCGGGUAAACAACUGGCUCGACCAUCGCACACUAAACAACAGCAUCGGCGACACAUUUGACUGGCACCGCGAAGUUGUAAUCCUAACAGGGGGCAGCAACGGAAUCGGCCGACGCAUCGCCGAGCUACUCGGGGCACGCGAUAUCAAAGUCGCCAUCCUGGACAUUGCCCCUCCAGCAACCGACGAGGUGCUUCCCAACAGCGUGCGCUAUUACGAAUGCGAUAUAACCUCUGCGAGCAACAUCGCAGACGUAGCGUCUAAAGUCCGCGCCUCAUUUGGCAGGCCCAGUAUCCUAAUCAACAACGCGGGCAUUUGCACCGGCAAAACAAUACUCAAAACCACCCCAGCCCAGACGCGCCGCAUGUUCGAAGUCAACACGCUCGCUCAUUACUGGCUAGCGCAGGAGUUCCUACCCGAUAUGAUCGAAGCGAACCAUGGUAUGGUUGUCACUGUUGCUUCGCAGGCGGGAUACACUGUCACGCCUAAUAUGGUCGAUUACUCGGGAUCCAAGGCUGCGGCUAUUGCUUUCCAUGAAGGACUUGGUGCCGAGCUGGUUACGCGCUACCAUGCGCCGAAAAUUCGCACUGUGCUUGUUACCCAGGGCUUUACUAGGACCAAUCUUAUUAAGGACCUGACCCCUGAGGAUACUUGGUUUAAUCCCCUGCUGCACCCUGAGACUGUUGCUGAGGAGCUUGUUGAGCAAGUGCUCAAGGCUGAGAGUGGACAUGUUGUUAUCCCUGCCUCUACUGGGUGGAUGGCAAAGAGAUUCAGGGGGCUGCCUGCAUGGUUACAGCACUCGUUGAGGUGUAAGUUGGAGAAGUUGAUGAGGGCUGAUUAG